GUUCAAAAAUGGGUUAUCGUUAUUGGUUUGCUUCAGGGAGAGAUACCUGAAAGAUCCAUUUUCCGUCAGCCAAUCUAUAGGAAAUGUCUGCAUCCUUAUCUGGAAUUAACUCAAGAACUUAUUGGUGACGUAUUCCGUCAGUUUGCGCCUUCGAUAAGAGGCGGUCGCACUGUGUUUUCAGUGGCAGUUCCGUUUUAUUUUUCUUACUUGUCCCAUCUAACGAAAAUAGAUAUGGCACCGAUGGCGAAUCCGGCUCCAUCCACUGAGAAAAUGGAGGUUGACGAACCGGCUAAAGUUGAGGAAAAAGAACCACCAAAGGAUCUCAAUGCAAUCGCAGUGGAAAAUAUCAAAGAACACUGUGCUUUACUCGACAAGGGUGAUGUGCAUUUUGUGGGACGUGUUCUACAGGUGGUGCACAAGACAAGGAAGCAGUGCAACGCUGAAGUUUUGCAUCGCCUACUUGCAAGUCAGCUAACCGCACCAUCGUUACACAAAGAUGCCCUUCUUGCAUGGGUUCCGUGCAACAUUCCCGUGGCCAUGGAGGUGGAUACAAAACUUGCUGCUCCCUCGUCUACACAGAUAUCCUCCUCUACAAAAUCUCCUCGCCCAGUUCGCAAAGUAACUGCUCCUUCUCCCGAAUCAGAAAUUUACAUUCAUCUUCUUGUUCUUCUUCAUCUGGUAGAUGGGAAUAAAUUAGACGAUGCAAAGAAAUGUGCAGAGAUGUUGAUUGCUCGUGCUGACUCAAUUGAUAAGCGGUCUCUUGAUCCUAUGGUAGCAAAGGCUAUUUUCUACCUUGCUCUUAUUUACGAGCGGCAACAUAAGUUGCAUGAACUCGGCUGCUUCCUGAAUUCUCGACUGCGUACAGCAACACUACGCCAUCAACGAGAGUCGCAAGCAGUACUCAUUUAUACGCUUCUUCGUUGCUACCUAAUUAACAAGCAUUUCCAGUCUGCAGCCAAACUUGUUUCAAAGGUUACGUUCCCAGAAGGAGCUAGCAACAAUGAUCUCGCACGAUUUUUGUACUAUCAAGGCCGCAUAAAGGCUUUGCAGCUUGAUUACACCGCCGCUGCAGGAUACUUCUUACAGGCAAUGCGCAAGGCGCCACAAGAGGCAGCGAUUGGUUUCAAACAGAAUGUUCAAAAAUGGGUUAUCGUUAUUGGUUUGCUUCAGGGAGAGAUACCUGAAAGAUCCAUUUUCCGUCAGCCAAUCUAUAGGAAAUGUCUGCAUCCUUAUCUGGAAUUAACUCAAGCUGUUCGUACUGGAGACCUUGCCCAAUUCAACAACUUGGUCAAACGUCAUGGACCGAUUUUCGAAAAAGAUGAAACGCUCACCCUCAUAGUUCGACUUCGACAAAAUGUCAUCAAAACUGCAGUUAAACAGAUAUCGCUUGCUUAUUCUCGGAUUACCAUCAAGGACAUAGCGAAAAAGCUGUGUAUGAGUAAUGAGGUCGAGACGGAAUAUAUGGUAGCGAAAGCCAUAGCAGAUGGAGCAAUAGAUGCAGUGAUUACGUGUGAUACAAAAGACGGGCUGAGGUUUAUGCGAAGCUCUGAAACAGUGAAUGUCUACACUACAACUGAGCCACAAAUGCAUUUCGACAGCAGAAUUAGGUAUUGCUUGGAAUUACAUAACCAAGCCGUGAAAGCCCUCCGGUUCCCACCUAAGAACAAGUGCGAUGUGGAGAGUAUAGAAGCUCAACGAGAAAGAGAGCAGCAGAUGAUGCGUCUUUGGCAGCGAGUGCAACAUGCGCUCGAUACUGCAAUGGGUCUUGGUCCUCGUUUUCCUCCACUCGAUCCGGCAGUGGCACUGAAUGGCUGUGGUUCUCCGCAAUCGUCCAACAUCCGUGGAUACGGUAUCAGAGAGAUUGUGGAAGAUAUGCGAAUACUGCUGGGUGUUCCUAAGCGAAGAACUGCUAAACCUGUAAAGGAAACUCGGAAGUUCUCAUAUACACGGUUGCUGAAACCUACCACAGAUUUGGUGACUUGUCCAUCAUGUGGAUCUCCCCAUCAAGUCGACACUAUUUGUGGGAAAUGUUACGAAAAGGUUCGCGAGUUGACAAAUGAAAUUAAACGAAAAAUGAUGGCAUACAAACCCUUUGAAGGAGAGCGUCAGGAUAAACAGACUGUGGUACGGUUUUCCAAUGAUGAUGUGGUGGAUGAUGGAGUGUUAAAUGGAAAGCGAAUAAUAGAAAUCGAAAAAGAGCGGCCAACCUGGUUUAAAAAGCUCUUUUAG